GGAGGAGGAGGAGGAGGAGGAGGAGGGGGGUGGGGGGGGUGGUGGUGGUGGUGGCUGCUCCGGGGCCGCCUCGCCUUCGCCGCCACCGGCCGGCUCAUGGCCACCCUGGCCGGGGUGUUCGUGUGGGACGGGCAGCGCAUCGAGGAGGAGGAGCUGCAGCGCUCUGCGCAGGAGAUGAAGCACAUGGAGAACAUUUCCAGCCUGUUCCAGGGGGAUUCCCAGCGCCUGGAUCCCAGAGCGGAGCAGGGGGAGCAGCCCUGGGAGAUGAUCAUGGACAAGAAGCAUUUUAAGCUCUGGCGGCGGCCGAUCGAGGGCACCCACUUGUACCAGUACCGAGUGUUCGGCUCCUACACGGAUGUCACUCCCCGGCAGUUCUUCAACGUGCAGCUGGACACCGAGUACAGGAAGAAAUGGGACUCCUUGGUCAUCAAACUGGAUGUGAUCGAGAGGGAUUUGGCCACUGGCUCCGAAGUGAUCCAUUGGGUCACACACUUCCCGUACCCCAUGUACUCCCGGGACUACGUGUACGUGCGGCGGUACAGCGUGGACCAGGAGAACAACCUGAUGGUGCUGGUCUCACGGGCUGUGGAGCAUCCGAGUGUCCCGGAAGAUCCCGAGUACGUUCGGGUCAGGACCUAUGAAUCCCAGAUGGUGAUCCGGCCCCACAAAACCUUCGAUGAGAACGGGUUUGAUUACCUGCUGACAUACAGCGACAACCCCCAGACCGUGUUCCCCCGCUACUGCCUCAGCUGGAUGGUCUCCAGCGGAAUGCCGGAUUUCCUGGAGAAGCUGCACACGGCGGCGCUGAAGGCCAAGAAGCUGGAGCUGGAGGUGCGGGAUUACCUGGCUGCCAAGGGGCUGGAGGGCGGCGAGGGGAAGGCGCCGGCGGCCGAGCCCAAGGGCGAAGGGAGCCGCAGCCCCGCGCAGCUGGAAUACGCCUGAGGAGCCCAUGGGAAUCGCGGCCGGAGCCAGCCCAGGGGGUGCCUGGACCGGGAAUGGGGGGGGGG